AUGCCACCAAGGAACGUCAAUGUCCUACAAGCUGCAGGUUAUGUUCCCGGACUUCAACCGAACAGUCAUCGAACGCCUUCCCAACAAUCAGUGCAGAGUAUGACCCCUCAGCCAACCCCGGGAUUCAUGCAAGCAAGAGCGCAGAGCAGUUAUGCCUUUGGUGCAGGUACCCUUGGCCAGCAUCAAGCAUCGGCAGGUUUGCAGCAACAGCAGCAAUUAUCGUCCCAGCAGCAGCAGCAGGCCAACGGAACCUCCAAUUCGAUGCCACCCCAUCUAUCGCAGUCCUCUGUAAUCGGUACUCCCUCAAUAUCCUCAACGAGCGAGGUUGCACUCGACCCCAACGAUUUUCCUGCCCUUGGAUCAACAUCGACAAAUAACACGACCACCAGCACGCCCGCAAACGUUACCAAUGCGACGAGCUACGCAAGCCAUGCAGGUACCGCCGCUUCAUUAGGUGGUUCAGGGACCGGAGCGAACGCUGGGACAAUUGGAGGCGGAUCAGGGAACCAACCGAGGGACUUUACUCAGGACGAUUUUCCUGCCCUUGGAGGCCAGUCACACGCGAACCAGAGCCAAAACCCAUCAGGAAACCAGAGCUCAAGUCAAGACAGCAUACCUCAUCCCCCUGGCCUGAACGGUUUCCAACACGACUUCCAAAGCCGUGCAAGGAGCUUGAUAGGGGACUUGACAUCCUCCGGCCUGCAAGGUACACCCGGUUUGCUUAAUUUGCAACAUACCCAAACACGGAAUGUCCAUCCAGGUUUCCAACAAGGCCAGCCAGAGAGUGAAAAGCAACAAAGGAACCUGAAGCUUAGCCAGCCAGCGCAUGCCGUUUCGAAUCCAUCCAACCUUACAUCUCGUUCACAACAAACCGGCGGUAGUGCUACCAACGGCGCAGGACAGGCCUCUUUAGCAUCACAUCUCAACCCACCCCCAGGCGUACCACCGCCGACAGGAUCGUAUGCUCAGCAAGGUGAUGCCAAUAACGCAAACCCCAACGGAAGCUCACAUCCCAACGCCGCCGCUGCAACGUCGAACCCAAACCCGGCGGGUCACCCUCAGCAUCCGCAGACGCCUGCUCAGCAGAUUCUCAUCAGUGCAGCAGACCGAUGGGGCCUGUUAUCACUUGUUGCUUUGAUGAAGAAUGCGAGCACGGAGCUUGAUCACGGUCUGAGUAGCAUAGGGACGGACUUGGGGACGAUGGGUUUGGACAUGUCGUUCCCUGGGAAUCUCUAUUCUACGUUCAUCACACCCUGGGCAGACCAGUCUGCAGCACACCAAGUGGAGCCCGACUUCCGGCUACCACCUUGUUACUUGAGUGUACAGGCACCACCUCCAGGACCAAUGAAGGCUGCAUUGUUCAGUGAUGAGACACUAUUCUUCAUGUUCUAUUCAAGCCCAAGAGACGCCCUUCAAGAGGUGGCUGCGCAAGAACUGUGGAAUCGUAACUGGCGAUGGCACAAGGACCUUCGGCUGUGGAUCACAAAGGAAAGCGGUACUGCACCUUCUCAAAAGGUGCCAGGCGGCGAGCAGGGCUUGUACACGUACUGGGAUCCUGAAAACUGGUCCAAGGAGAGGAAAGAUAUGACAGUUUUGUAUGCUGAUUUGGAAGAGAAGUCGCAACCAGCCUUCCUGCACGGUCCAGGACUCGUGUUGGCGCAACAACACCAGGGUCAAGGAGCAACUCAACCUCAUACACCAUCGGGCCAAUUGAAUGCUCAAUUACCGAGCCAAAUUACCCCAUCCCAACGAGCUUCAUUCCAGAUGGGUGUAACAGCGUGAGGCUGAAUUCCAGUUUGUUCUAACCUUUUGUAAUUACUCAACCAUACCAUUAUUCUCUUCCACUUCCACUCCCCUGUCAUGCAUCCAUUUCCUCUCCUCUCUUGCGAACUGUGUAUUACCUGUGUACUUGAUUGUCAGUAUCAUCCUCUAACACUGCUUGUUUCAUCCA